AUGAAGCAGCAUAUUCUUCUCCUUGCCUCUUUGGCCGCUCUCGCCGUGGCCGCGCCCGCGCCGACCCUCGAGAAGGAAAACCUCGCGGCCUGUGGCAAAGGCAUGACCCUUGUCGAAGGCCUAGGAGUCUGCAGGCCGGUUGAAGAACAAGCGGCCCAAAAGCCCGACACUUGCUUUGACGACAAGACGCCCACCAAGACGAUUCUCCCUGAAGACAUCCCCACUGGAAUUGUGCCUCCAAGCGGGAAUCUGGCAGCCCCCCAGCCGAGAUGUGAUGGAGGCAUUGAGUUGAAUGGCAGCUGUGUCUGCCCUGCUGGCACCACUCGUAUUGAGGGGGGUUGCACUAAGAAUGCCAAUGCCGAAGCAGAUGACGAGUGUUAG